AUGUCGACACUCACUCAACGCCAAACCACCAAAACAAACCUUAAACUAGGAGGGGGAAAGCCUCAAGAUGCUAGCACAUUCCCUAAUGAGAUGCCCAUCCAAGGCGUUGCCAAACUAGCCCCAUCAUCAUGGGUUCCUUAUGUCCAAUUGAUGCGACUUGACCGCCCAGGCUUCCUUGGUUUCUUCAUGCCAACCCUCACAGGCCUUACUGCUGGGGCUGGUUUAUCCAAGCCCUUGACAUCCCCCACCACUCUACUGAAAGAGUUCGCAUUCUGGUGGCUAGUCACCAACCUCAUCCGUGGCACAUCUUGCACCUGGAACGACAAUGUAGACCAAGACUUUGACCGUCAGGUUCCACGGACCCGCACUCGGCCCAUCGCGCGAGGUGCCGUCUCAACUACCCAAGCGCAUAUCUUCACCCUUGUCCAGUUAGCUAUUACCUGCUGGAGCCUCUCACAUCUACCCCCACAAUGCUUUCCUUGGACCAUUACCCUGAUAGUCACCCACACUAUUUACCCACUCUGUAAACGCUUCAUGGAUUUCACUCCUGUCUUUCUGGGUCUGCCGUUCUCAGCUUCUAUGAUGCUUCCCGCUGUCGGUCUCGGCCUGGAUCCAUUUUCUCUGCCUGCAGGAUUACUAUUUGGAGCGGAGUUCACGUGGACUGUGAUUUAUGAGACUAUCUACGCUCAUCAGGAUGUCCAACAUGAUGUACAGGCCGGGGUUAAGUCUAUGGCUGUUAGGUUCAAGGACUCUACAAAGACUUUGGCCUCGUGCUUGAGUGUUGUCAUGGUUGGAUUCCUGGUUGCUAUCGGAGUUGUUUGUGAGAUGUCGGCGCCUUAUUUUCUAGUGAGCUGUGUUGGAACAGCAAUUUCGUUGGCUAUUAUUAUCUCCUCUGUCGAUUUGACGAAGCCUGAGAGUUGUCUGUAUUGGUUCCGGACAGGUUUCUACAUUGUGGGCGGAAGUAAGGUGGGUGGAUUCGCUGCCGAUUAUUUGGUUUCUCUUUUAGCUUAA